CUCAACAAGAUGGCGGACAAAGAUGAAUCAAACGUGUUUUCCUUCUCAAGGUUAGGAAUGAAUAACUGGCUAGUGAAACAGUGUGAAGCCAUGGGAAUAAAGAAACCUACUGAGAUUCAAAUUAACUGUGUACCCCCUAUAAUAGCUGGUCGUGACUGUAUUGGGUGUGCUAAGACUGGCAGUGGAAAAACUGCUGCUUUUGCUCUGCCGAUUUUACAGAAGCUUUGCGAGGAUCCUUACGGGAUUUUUGCUGUUGUUUUAACUCCUACACGGGAGCUGGCAUUACAAAUAGCAGACCAAUUCAAAGUUCUUGGACAGCCAAUUGGAUUAAAAUCRUGUGUGAUCAUUGGAGGUAUGGACAUGAUGAAACAAGCCAUCGACUUGGCACAAAAACCCCAUGUUGUCAUAGCAACCCCAGGAAGAUUAGCUGACCACCUUAAGAGCACAGACACUUUAGAUAUUGGCAAAAUACAGUUCUUAGUGCUUGAUGAAGCAGACAGAUUACUUGAUCCAUCAUUCGGCGAUGAUCUGGGUGUUAUAUUUGACAAGGUGCCAAAAAAAAGACAGACACUUCUGUUUAGUGCCACCUUAACUGACACAAUGGAAGAACUCAAGAAAAUAUCAACAGCRGAACCUUUCUGUUAUGAAGUGAAAUCUGAUGUUGCUACUGUAGCAGAACUAGACCAAAGAUACCAGCUUGUUCCUGCCAAUGUGCGAGACUGUUACCUAGUACACUUAUUGAGAGAACAAGAUGAGCAGAAGUCCAUCAUUGUYUUCACACACACAUGUAAAAACUGCCAAGUUCUGGCUUCUUUGUUUCGUAAGGUAGACCUUCCAUGUGUAGCUCUGCACUCAUUGAUGUCACAAGCACAGAGACUCUCAGCAUUAUCAAAAUUCAAAUCAGGACUUGUAAAAAUCCUUGUUGCGACAGAUGUUGCUAGUCGUGGUCUAGACAUACCUGCUGUGGAGCUGGUUGUCAAUAGCAAUGUGCCGGCAUCACCCAAAGAUUACAUUCACAGAGUCGGACGAACAGCCAGGGCUGGAAAAGGUGGCAUGGCUGUCACCUUGGUAACGCAGUAUGAUGUUGAAAGGGUUAAAGCGAUUGAAGCUGUAAUUAAUACAAAACUGACAGAGCUCAAAACCUCAGAGAAGGAAGUACUUACUCUCUUAAAAGGUGUGCUAGUUGCUAGGCGGGAAGCUGAACUGAAAGUAAGGGACAGUGAUAUUCUUGAGAAACGAAAAGUUAACAAACGAAAGAAGGACUUGUUAGAUGGAAAGGACCCUGAUGCAAAGCAAAAGAAAAAGAAACGAAAACAUUCCACAUAAUUUUGACUAAGACAAUAUUGUUAGUUCAAAUUUGAAAAAUAAUUCAAUAUUGUAAUGAAAUUGUCCACCCCACUAGUGGUUAUUAAGACAAAUAAACAAACCUUUACAAA